AUGUACGAUCAACAGUUGGAUGAACGAGGCUAUUUGCUGUACCGCAACCGCUACAGUGGCAAGACAGAACACGACAACCCUAAUCUGCUAUUUAUCCUGCUAACAAUAAACGAAAAGUAUGGCAGUUCCCGGUAUAGCACCUACCGUUGUGCUGGUAAGCUUCACGCUCUCCAGAAAGCGCUCAACACAUCGUACAUUCCGUUCGAUAUGGUUCACUCGAUCCUCAACCGUCACCAGCUUAACUUGAUCGACAGUGCACCUUCAAUAAAACCGUCCCAGCUGACCAGUAUCGUGCACGACAUUUACUUCGCAGCGACACGGAUGGGCUACUUCGAUGAGCUACCGAUACGGCCAAAUCUCGAUGCAAUCUGUGCGAUACUGGCCGGUUUUUUCUGGGCCGUAUUUGAUCCGAAGCGUACAACGCCGGUUUCAGUGCUGGAGCUGCGCCAGACGUUUCUGUUGCUGUGCGAUCACACAAGCCAUGCGCAGCUGGUGUGGGAACAUUUCCGGCUUACCAGCGAUCACAAUCUGUGCGUAUCGCGGCACCGUUUCGAAGCGAUGCUGACCGUGCUUUCCAAGGUGCUUACCUUUCUCGGCGAGCCGGAUCACCUGAAACCGUCGAUGGUGCAACAGAUCACGGGCGAAUGUUUCGCCAACUAUCCCGGGCUGGUCGGACUGACCGAGUAUCAGUUUAGCUGUCUGUGGAAGCUGUCGUCGCUCUUUUCCUACUACGCCAACGUGGUAACGCUAUGUAAACGGCUCCGUGACACCGAGCACGUGAUCCACGGUACGGUGUGCUACGGCUGCCGAAUCACUAUCCGUGGUUUGCGCUUCAAGUGUCAGCGCUGCCGACACGUGUCCCUCUGCAUCGACUGCUUUACGACCGGGUACAGCAACAAGCGACACAACAUGACCCACAAGAUGUACGAAAUUAGUAGCAGCAACGAUACGGAAGCUGGUUCGCUCUGUAACGCCUGGCUAGGGAAGUUAUGGCGAUGGCUCAAGGCAAAUAGCAACGAUACGCGUGUAACGGACGGUUUGGCUGCUUCUCCAUCCACCUACGAUAAUUUGGAUGCGAAGCUGCUCGACACAAAAGCAGUCGAUUUGCUGCAAAGUGAAGAGAUGUGUGUGGUCGAGGGUGGGGAAGGUGAGCGGAAAAGCUCCCAACGCCGGGAGUCUGUGGUGAGCGGUACGCUAAAGCGCAACAUGAGCCUAUUCAGCAGUGUCGAGUACGGUGUGUUUAACAAUACACAGCACAAGAAUCUACUCGCCAGGCUGGCAGCGCUAGUAGAAACGCUCGAGGAGCAGCACGAAGCUACCCGUAAGCGUCUGACCGAAUAUUGCUCGGGACAGAUGGACGACCGUUUGCACAGCGUGUGCGAUCGUUUCGUGGCCCAGGUUGGCGAAGGAUUGGUCCAGCUAAAAGAUAUCGGGACGCAGUUGGGUCAAGGUUUGCCGCAAUGUUCCAGCACACCGUAUCGCCAGCAAGCACUUACAUCCGGCUGUACGAGCGAUGCUACGAAAGAUGAAACUCUAGGACGCUCGAGGCUAAUGGAGAAAACGGAACUGUCCGUGCGUGACAUAAGCACAUGGUUCCAUAUCGAUUUGGAUCGGGUGCAGCAAACGGGUGAAACGGACCCCAACGGCAGUCAGCUACAACAGCCUAAGAUCACGGAAGAUAAGGCGAGUAUCAAAAAGGAUGAGCUGUCGGCCCGUAUCGAUCGGCUAAAGAUGGAUACGCAGAUGGUAAACUUUCGGGAUCUGCUGCUAAAGGUGCGAGAAAUAGUGGAUGAUUCGUACAGUGACAAUACCGAGCUUGCCCGCUCUACACAACAGAUCGAGAAAGCGUUGGAUCGUAUUAUCGCCGAAGAGGAGCUGCAACGAGCACGGGCGCUUCGUCACGUGUAG